AUGUCACCUGUAUCUCAAAGUCAGAUCCCAACAUCCACCAGCGGCUGGACCCUCGUCAGCACUGCUCCAGACGACGGCUCUGGGGCUCUAGUCUGGAACGAUGAGCUCAGGCUUCCCGAGCUUGGCCCAACUGAUGUCCUGGUGAAGCUGCACGCAUGGGCUUUGAACUAUCCCGACAUUUCUAGGAAGCAACCCCUCCAUCAAUUCACGACACAACUCUCUACUAACAUACACCACGGCACGGGCAGCCUGAUCCCGGGAUCCGACGGCGCAGGUGAAGUCGUAGCAAUUGGCUCUCACGUUACGCGCUUCAAGCCCACCGACCGCGUAAUCGUUGUGUACUACCCGAACUUCCCCUUCGGCGCUGCACCUACCUACGCUCAAAUGGCCGGUAGCCCCGGCAGCAAUAAGGACAGCCCCGGCACCUUCCGACACCACGGGGUUUUCAACGAAAACGGCGGUCUGAUUCAUAUGCCCGGCAAUCUCAGUUAUAGUGAGGCGGCAACCCUGCCUUGCUCUGCGCUGACGGCUUGGAAUGCUCUACAUGGGCUGAAGCCAUUAAAGGCGGGAGAGUAUGUCCUUGCCCAGGGGACGGGUGGGGUUUCGUUGUUUGCCAUGUUGUUUGCGUUGAAGGCCGGAGCAGUUGUUAUUGCAACUACUUCUUCCGACGAGAAGGCUCGCAGGCUCAAGGAGAUGGGAGUGCAACUUGUUCUCAGCUAUAAGGAGGAUCCGAACUGGGGAGAAACCGCCACGAAGUUGACGCGGGCCGCGCUGGGCUGUCAGAGAGUAAUCGAGGUCGGCGGAGCGCAGACUAUCAAACAGUCGUUUGAGUGUGUCGCGAGAGGCGGAGAAAUUGAUGUUAUUGGAUUUUUGACGGGGCAGGGACAUGCGGAGGAUGGGCCCACGUACCUCGAGCCGCUAUUGCGAGCUUGUACGGUUAGGGGCAUUGAAGUGGGAAACUGGAUCCAGUUCGAGGAGAUGAAUCGCGCAAUUGAGGCGUAUGAUAUUAGGCCUGUUGUUGAUGGGAGAGUAUUUGGAUUUGGGGAGUUGAGGGAGGCGUAUAAGUAUGUUUGGGACCAGAAGCAUUUUGGCAAGGUUGUGCUGUCUGAUGGGGAGCAGUGA